AUGGCAUACGAUGGCUACCAGUCGUAUCCUAACCCGGGCUAUCAGCCGGGCAACAUGAACCCAGAUCCGAACGACCCCCACGGCUACUCAUCUGCCCCUCCAUACCCCUCGUACUAUGAGUCGGAUCAUGUCAGUAUGCCACAGCCGCAAAUGCAUCAUAUGCCCCCCUCUGCUCCUCCAGCGCCGGGCUACGAGCAGUAUCCCGAGUCAUCCCACCCGCAAAACAAUCACCCCGCCCAUAUCAACGAAGCUGUCAGUUCGGCUGUAUACAACAACAACCAAAACGCAGAUCCAGGCUCCUAUAUUUCUCCUGAAGUUCUGUCGCAGAUCACUUCAACCGUUAUCCAGCAGCUUAAAGCGUCUGGCUUGAACGAUACCUUGGGAUCCCCGCAACUCCCACAACAACACCAAUACCCGCCUCCACCACAGCCCAUAUCGCGCCCGCAGUCACAGAUCCACCAACCGCCAUGGUCGGCACCACCAACGGAUUUGCCUCAACGGCCACACACAGAGUCUCCACAGACCGUUGCCCAUCCGCAAAGAAGUGGAUCGAUUCCACCCGCAAACACAAUGCCGAACGGCUUUGAGAUACCGCACUCGCAAACUUUCCCUUCUGGCUAUUCGAGUGACAGACGACCUAGCCCUAGCCCGAAACCUAGCCCGAAACCGUUCCCGGAGUCUGUUUCGCGGAGAACAGGCUCUAUGUCUAGCCAGGGUAGCGUUAAGAUGGAAACGAGGCCUAAACCCCCGGACCGCGACGCGACGGUUAUGGAAAUGACGACACUGGAGAGGAUCUGGGGCAAGCUGUUUGAAGAUGACAAGCCGACUAAGAGGCUUGGACAGUUCUUGAGGGGAAUAGCUAUGCAUUUGAUUGAGGACUACCCACCUGGAAACACGCUUGUUAUUACACCCCAGAAGCUGCAGAAAUUCUAUGCAGACACUGGCGUAGAAUGUGACCCUUAUCCGUGGCAUGAUAUCUUUGACGACCGCACUUCUUCUAUCUCGAGAUUAUUCCGAGAAGUGAGGGCAGAGCACCACCUCGUCCAGUUGGAUGAUCUUAACGAGCGACCUGAUAUCCCUGGUCUUACGCCCAAAGGCUUUGAAAAAUGGGCCACUUUAAUGAUCCAAGGCCAUCCAGAUCGCGAAUACGAACGCCUUCAGAAAGCUGUACUUAAUAUGCCAAUCAGCAACCCGGACGACAAGAAGGAGCGAUUCCCCAAGGACAUCCCAAGACGACUAUUCCCCGAAUUCGCCGAUAUCAGCCUAAGGGAAGAAGUCGAGGAAUACCUUAUGAAACACUGCGGUGUCGACCUCCCUCACAUCACCGAGGAAGAGCGAGAGAAAGCUCGUCGCCCGAAGAAGUCCUCUCCUCCCCCGGGAACUACAUUUGCCAAUGAAUCUGCUACGAGUCAGCGCACCGGCUCGACAGAGCGAAGUCGAUCAUACGAGAGAGGCCGUCCCCCGACCUCGGCCAAGUCAUCUUCAGCCAUAAUAGACGAAGACGAGCCCAUCUCCCCAGCUCCUAUUGAGCGCGAGCGAAAGCCUUACACAGCCAAUCCAGGAAGUGGGAAGAAAUACGACGAUUCUCAUAACCCGCGUGCUAGCAGAGACUCCUUUACUACUUCGCGGUCGGAUAUCCCACCCGUGGCGCCGCCAUCUUCGAGCCACCGCUCCUCAGCCUCUGUGAAACCGCGUUCCCCGAACCGUGACAGCCUGUAUGCUCGCUCUGAUGCUCGCUCUGGGUCCGGACCAGCUCCUUCUCGGCGGUAUUCUAGGAGCUCGCGCAGUUCUUCGCGUAGCAUGGGCCACGAGUAUAGACAUUCGGAAAGUGAUUUGUUGAGCCGCGAUCAUGCGCCUCGAUAUGCUGGUAUCUCUGCAAAUGAGCUUUAUAUGGAGCCUUCUUCCAUGACUAGUCCUGACCCGGAGGAUACUCGUCGUCAUCACGGAUCUCAUCGUAAUAGUCGGACGGAGGAAGAAUACUACCGCGGCAUGCUUGGUGGACAGGGCGGCGGUCCCGCUCAUGAUUACAAGUAUUAUCACUGA